AUGUCACCGUCAAAGAGCGAUUCCAUCCUGAUCGUGGGCGCCGGUGUCUUCGGACUCUCGACCGCACUGGAACUGAAAAAGCGUGGAUAUAGUGACAUUACCGUUGUGGACCGAUAUGUGCCCCCGGCGGUAGACGGCAGCAGCGUCGACAUCUCGCGCAUUAUUCGCAGCGACUACGCGGACCCCAUCUACUCGCAGAUGGCCCGCGAGGCAUACCAGGGCUGGACUACCGAGUACCAGGACCAGUACCACCAAUCCGGAUUUGUUCUACUCUCAGAGACUCCCCAAAAUACAUACAUGGAGAAGUCAAAGGCGGUUAUCCGUGCCUCGGGUGGUAAAGUGGACGAUCUCCCGGAUGCGACCCAGCUGCUCAACACCUACCCCAACGUCCAGGCCAACCUGUCGGGCUUGAAUGGGUACCAUAACCCAGUCGGUGGCUGGGCAGACGCAGGAGGCAGCAUCCAGAAACUGGCAUCCAAGUGCAGUGUAGCGGGCAUCUCGAUCAUCACUGGACCGCAGGGCACGGUGGUUUCCCUGCGUCGCGACGGCGAGCGGGUAGUAGGAGUUAAUCUCCUCGGUGGACGAACAUUGCUCGCGUCUCAAGUCAUUUUAAGUACAGGAGCGUGGACGAGUCGUCUGCUGAAUGUGGGCAAUUCAGCGUCAUCCUCGGGGCAGCCUGUUGGGUUCAUCCAGCUGACGCAGGCCGAGGCCCGCUCGCUCGACUCGACGCCCGUGAUGAUCAACAUGAGCACGGGGGUGUUUUGUUUCCCGCCGACGCCGGGAACCAAUAUCCUCAAGCUCGCACGUCAUGGAUACGGAUUCGCAAAUGAAGUCACCGUCGACGUCGACGGGGCCAGUCGGUCCAUCUCGUCGCCCAAGUUUGACAGCAACAACGCCGCAUCGGGGUAUCUCCCUGAUGACGCGGAUGCGUCUCUUCGCCAGGGUCUAAGGCAAUUCUUUCCUCGGUUGGCUGACCGGCCGUGGAUCAAUCGCCGGCUCUGCUGGUAUACGGAUACGCCGAAUGGCGAUUUCAUCAUUGACCACCACCCAACUUUGAAGGGAUUGUUCGUGGCGACGGGCGGGGCGGGACAUGCAUUCAAAUUUCUACCGGUCUUGGGCCGAUACAUCGUCGAGUGUUUCGAGAACACAGCGCCCGAAGCACUGCGUGCCAAGUGGAGGCUGAAUCUACCCAAGGACGGCUCUUCGGGGUCUGCUAUGGCCGGUGAUGGAAGUAGGGGAGGGCCUCCACUGAGGAAGCUCACUCCGCUGGACCAAGCAAAGCUAUGA